GGUUUUUCAGUAUACGAAGAAACCGUUAACUGUUCAUGGAGUUAACAUGAAGUUAUCUCUAUUAAUUCUACUCUUCGGAGUACUUUGUGGAAUUACUGGGUCCAGAUACGCUCUGCGUGGGUUUAAAUGCGCUGAUAAUGUUCUCCCGUCCUUGAUCCAGGUUCAGGGUGAGUUGAAGAGUUUAGAGGAUAUCUGCUCGAACCUAACCGUAUCCGGGAUGGACAAGGGAGCGGAUGCAGGAGAUGAGAAGAAUGUUGAGCUAGUGGUUGAGCACUCCUCCAUCCCUCUCCCUGACUCCGGAUCCAUCCUACUACAAUCCAAAACCCUAGACACGAUUAAUCUAAAUACUAAACUAGAUACUGCUGCUCUAAUUAAAAGGUUCAACUCUGCCUGCGGAACAUCGUUCCUUGUCGUGUAUCUCAAGGUAGAAGAUGAACCUGCAGGACUGGAUUCUCUAAUCCUAAGAAGGAACUGCUCCGACAAGCCUGGGCUCCGUCUUGUUGUGAAAACAAGUUCUCCUAGUCCUAACUCAAAUAUAGAUCGGGGAAACAUGGAAAAUCCAUUAAAAUCUCUAGGUAUAUCUUCUAUAUCUGUUGAAAACUCAGGGGAAGGUGCAACUGCAAUGGAGAAAAGAUGGAUAUUUGAUGCACCGGAAGUUGCAGUUUUCUUUCUACCAAUGUCUUUUGAUAUUGCAGAAUCUACAUUUGGAAAUAUUUCUGGAAUAUCUGAGAUCGGAAACCUUCUCUACAAUUGGAAUAAUUCCAAUCCCUGGUUACUGGACAGUCCUGAUAUGUACAGGAAUAUGAUCCAGGUUGAAUUAAAGGAUUUAAACAUGUUCAACGCUCCACAGUUCCUUCAUAGUUCCAACGUGCUCCUGGUAAAGUCUGAGGACGGGGUGCUGCCUGGAGUAGAGGCUAAUGGAGUACUAGGAUCAUUAGACCUGGAGAAACUUGUCCUUCCUACCACAGCUCAGGAUGCAGGCCUUCUAAUAGUAGCACUAGACCCAGAGAAUAAGAUUCCUGAUGGAAACUAUACUGAUAAUAUUUUCAUGGAGUUUAUUAACAUCAACUAUACCAGCGAGAUCCCAAACCUCUGUUCUGUUAGUCCUUUGACACAAGGACAAAAAGCUCUUCUCCGAUAUGAACCACCGUGGGAGGAACAACAAACCUUAGUUAUAUCUGCUAAAGGAAACAGAAUGAAGAAGAUUUCAGAAAAGAAGAGAAACAUCCUGAAGCUACAGGAACACUCAGCUCUUCUGAAGGCCAGCCAAUGGGGAGAUGAAUGCAAAAGCCUCAGUAAGAUUAUGGACAGUACAGCUGAUAGUAUUGAACCUGUUACAGAAAAGUUAGUCAGCAUACUUGAAAGCGUUAAUACUACUUUCCUUGAUGUUCAGGUUUCAGAGGAGGAAGCAGAGAACAAAACUAGAAUUAGUAAACUCAUCAAUGUUCUCACAGCUUCAGCAAAACUUCUAAUUGAAGAUGAAGCAUUGAGUAAGAUGAUUGUUGGAGCAGGAAGAAAACUCCGGAGGCAGCCAAGCAGACCAAGCAUAGGAGGGUGGACAGACCAAGGAAAUAUUGGUGGAUAUGGAGGUUACCAAGGAAAUAUGGGAAGUGGAUAUCAAGGAAAUAUGGGAAGUGGAUAUGUGGGAAAUAUGGGAGGGGUUGAAGGAAGUAUGGGAGGGUUUGAAGGAUAUAUGGGAGGAGGAUCACAAGGAAAUAAUGGAAAUGAACAACAAGGUAAUAAUGGAAAGGGACCACAAGGAAAUAACGGAAAGGGACCACAAGGAAAUAAUGGAAAGGGACCACAAGGAAAUAAUGGAGAGGGGCCACAAGGAAAUAAUGGAAAGGGACCACAAGGAAAUAAUGGAGAGGGACCACAAGGAAAUAAUGGAAAGGGACCACAAGGAAAUAAUGGAAAUAGACCACAAGUAAAUAUGGGAGGAGGCCCACAAGGAAAUAAUGGAAAUAGACCACAAGUAAAUAUGGGAGGAGGUCCACAAGGAAAUAAUGGAAAUCGACCACAAGGAAAUAAUGGAAAUCGACCACAAGGAAAUAAUGGAAAUCGACCACAAGGAAAUAAUGGAAAUCGACCACAAGGAAAUAUGGGAGGAGGCCCACAAGGAAAUAUGGCAGGAGGCCCACAAGGAAAUAUGGGAGGAGGACCACAAGCAAAUAUGGGAAAUGGUUCUCAAGGAAAUAUGGGAGGUGCACCACAAGGUGGUAUGGGGGGUCCAGAUAUUAACACAUUUACAACAACAGUGCAAAGUAUUGAGUUUGGAGGCCAGGGAAUCAAUUUUAACCCAGGAGCAAUAAAUAAUAUCAGCAUUGAUGACAUUCCUCUCGAAGCUCUUGUUGAUCGUGAGAAUUUUGAAGAGAUGAGUGAGAGUACAAUCGAUUCAUUUUUAGACCAACUUAGCUCUCUCGGGUCAAUAACCAGCAGCUUUGAUUUUGGAUCUAGUUUUAAUGAUGCUAACAUGAAUUGGUCAAGAAAGAAAAGAAAUGCAGAGAAUGAUGAUGAUGAUGAUGAGGAUGAGGAUGAGGAUGAUGUUGAGUACGACGAGGAAUAUGAAGAUGAAAAGAACUAUAAAGAUGGGAAAGCCAACAAGACAAAUAAAAGACAAUCAGGAGGAAAGAAUACAAAAGGAAACAACAAAAAAAUGUCCAUUCAAGGAACACUUCAGAUGAUGAUGAUGAUGGGGGAAGACAAAAGAGCUCCUGCUAUUGUCAAAGACAUUUCCCUGUUCAUGCGAGAAAUGAUCUUCACCCCGGACGAUGAAUCAACUAGCAGAAUAGGAUCAUUGAUCCCUGACAAGUUGAAAGGUGAAAUGAGAGAAGUUGUGAUGAUGCUACUGAAGGAAGAGAUGCCUCUGGAGGUUCUAAGUCUUGAAGCAAAAAUGAUUUCUAAGAUGGGGAAAUCCUUGAUGAAGAUUAUGCAUAGCAUGCUUCCGAUCGCAAAGGACGAUGUCAAGGAUAUUUUUGAUAAAACAUCUAAAGUAAUGACAAACAAAACAAAUUCUGAGACGGAUCCAGAAAAGAGAAAGGUUUGGGAAUUAGUUUCCAAAAUCUACGAAACAUCUGUAAACAAUGAUGAGGUCAAAAGUAAUCUUGAGGAGGUGCUUAAGAGAGUUCAAGGAGCUGUUAUGAUGGGAAAGCCAAUGCCAAUGAUGUACGGAGAACUUGGUUCAGCGCCAUCAAUGGAGGAUUAUUGCACCAACUACGCAACCUUUGUUCAAGAGGAGGUAAACAAGGGGGAAAAGCCAAGGGAUAUGAUGAAGAUACCUACAGCCUGGAGAAGGAAGGACGAAUCUAUAUACAAGGUUGAGCUUUGUCCUCUUACUGGAGGAUGGUAUUGGAGUAAGGUUGCUUUAUGUUCAUGUCACAACUAAACUGUGAGAUUUUGAUAGACUUUCAUAUGCACUGAAUCCAAGUAUUUAUUUUAUGGACUGAAAAAUACCUUUAUUGAAAUAGUGUCGAUUCAGUGAAAAUAAAAAAAGGUGUGGUUGAUUUCUCUUUAAGGAAUUAUCUGAUAAAUUGAUUAUCUGUGCCCGCUAGCUUCAUAGCGAAGUCAAUCAAGGAAAGAACUGGUUUAAAAAUAUUUGUCAUUCCUCUUCUGCAUUAUGAAUUUAAAUGAGGACACACAAAUACAGUUAAUUUAAUCUGAUUCAGAUUUUAUCCGUAGUUUUUAGAAGAUAAAUCAAUUUAUACUAUUGAUUUAAAAAUAUUAAUCUUUCUUUUAUCAUAAUUAAUGAGAAAGCCUUGUAUUUAUACCUCCACAAACAUGAUAUUGUGACAGGUUAAAAAUCCAUAUAUUUCAACAUUUAUUAAUUCGCUUGUUGUUCUAAAAGUUUGAUUAAUUAAUUUACUGCUUUUUGUAACUUUUCAUAAUAAGAACUAAUGAAUUUGCUAUUUUUCAUUUUAAAUCUUCAAAAACGCUUUCUUUUAUCUAAAAUACCUUGUUUGCUUAAAAAACAAUGCAAUUUAUAAAGUGUGAUCGAUAUACUAAAAACAUCUUUUGUUUUGUCGCUUUUAAAAAUCACGUCAGUUGAACUCUUCGUAUCAAAUCUAAAUAGUGUGAAUAUUUACUAAUAAAUAUAUUAUUUUAUUAUUUUAA